AAAAAAUAUCAACAGAGAAACGGUAGAUAAUACAUGGGAGGGGUGGGAAAAAAACAAAUAUAAUCUAGACAAAGAUAGGGUAAAGAGAAAGGAUUAUGAGUGUAGAUUCGCGGAGUGAUAAUGAGAACUUGUUAGCGGAGAACGCAUGUGUGUUAGGGAUGGUGCCCCUGUUGGUACAGGACCUAUAUUACUGGGAAACCACGUUAGAAAUGUUGUAUCAAGUUAUCAAGGUCAACAUAAAUGAUUCAGAACUUGAUUCAGAACUUAAAACAUACUGGGAAUCAUUUUAUCAAUCAUUGAAUGAACAAGUGGAAGAGUUAUCUGUUGUAGAAAAGGAAAAACUGAUGAGCAAGGAUAUGUUGGCUAUAGAUGAGAAUAAAAGUAUUAUGUUGACUUUCCUACUAGGAACUAUAUUUAUUAAAGCAUUGGAAAUCUUAUCGAGACAAGACUCUAUUGUUGUAAAAGUUCAUUCCAAUCAGUCGCACGAGGAGAAAUUAGUGUUGGUACAAGAAUACAUGAGAGGAAUAUUCCCUCAAGAAAUCCCAAUUUCUAUCACUGUAUUACAUCUGGAGAAUUAUGAACCUAAUGAAAAGGAUUUAGAAUCAUUUCAAAAACAAAAGGAACUCAAAUUGAUAGAAUUAAAGAAAUUGGUGGAAACUAUAGAACAACAAGUUCCCAAAUUAAUUUUACUGAGAGAUAAAUUAUUUUCCAAAUUGGAAUUAAAUUUAAAAGAGCCUCCAUCUCAUGUACACGAAGACGAAUUAGAAGAUAAUGAACAGGAACAACCUCAUGAAGAAAAUAAAAGAGAAUACAUAGUUGAUUUAAAAUCAUGGUAUUGUAGUUGCAACACAUAUCAACUUCAACAUACCGGUGUUCCUGGUAGUCAUCCAGAACAUGAACAGCAAUACGAACCGAAUUCACCAAAUCCAAAUCAAUAUCCAAUCUCAUUGACCCAACUAUUAUCUACCCAGCCAUACCCUACUACUCUAUCCAAUCUCCUACAAGCAAGCAAUGUACCUACCAAGCAUGCUUCUUUACUUCCUCUAUGUGCACACCUCCUUGCGGUCCUCAUAGGCGCAUGGAACCAACCAACAAUAACAAAACGUCAUAAUCAAACAUUGCUGCUACAUGGCCGAGAUCCAGUCCAAGACCACUCGAACUCCUCUCUAUAUACUGUCAAGUAG